AUGACUAAUUUUGACGAAAUGGUUAUGUUGUUUGCAAUUAAUAAUGUUGAAAAUCAUGAACACUUACUUAAUGAACGACAAACGCGAAUACCUGAGAUGAUUUCGGAUCCAUUUCUUCUAACAGAUCGAUUAUUUAUAAAAAAUUUCAGACUUUCUAAAAAUCUUGUUAGAAAUAUUAUUGAACUUUUACAAACUCGUAUAGUUUCAAAAGACCGUUCUUCUGCAAUUGAUUUGAAUACAAAAGUCUUAGUUACAUUAAACUUUUUGGCUACUGGCUCAUACCAGUCUCCAAUUGGAAACAGUCGGUUUGCAGCUUUAUCACAACCAACUGUAUCACGUUGUAUUAGCGAGGUUGUAGAAGCACUUAACCAUCCUGAAAUAUUCAACGAAUGGGUGAAGUUUCCAAAAAACUUGAAUGAACUCACAGAAAUCCGCAAUGAGUUCUACAGAGAAAACUGGAUUUCCAGGAGUUAUAGGUGUAUUGAUUGCACACACAUAGCAAUUGUAUCUCCUUCGACCAAUCUAAAUUUAAACGAAAAUCAAAACCCUGAACAUAUCUAUGUAAACCGUAAAGGAUACCAUUCCAUAAACGUUCAAUUGAUUUGUGAUUCAAAAUUAAGAAUUUUGAAUGUUAAUGCACGAUUUCCUGGCAGUACCCAUGAUACACAUAUAUGGAACAAUAGUUUGGUCUUACCAGUACUUCAGGAACUAUACAGACGCAAUUAUGACAACUUUUAUUUAUUAGGUGAUUCUGGAUAUCCCUUGCGGCAAUGGUUAUUGACACCUAUAACCAAUCCUACAACAGAUGCUGAAAAAUUUUUCAAUACAAAACAAAUGUCAACCAGAUGUAUUAUUGAACGUUGCAAUGGGGUGUUAAAAAUGAGAUUUAGGUGCUUAUUAAAGGAUAGAAUACUACAUUACAAACCAGAAAAAGCAUCGUCCAUAAUAAAUGCGUGUGUAGUUCUGCAUAAUAUGUGUAUCGCAAACAAUGUUCCUAUGAAAUAUGAACACGAUAUUGAGGAACAUGACAAUUUAGGUAUGCUGGGAGACCAAGAAAUAUUGGCAGAUAACAAUCGCAAUAUAGAGUUGACUCUUGGGAGACAACAGCGAGAUAAAGUUGCAAGAUACCUUUUUCAUAGACAUGGCGUAUAAAAUAAAGUAAUUUCCAUUGUAUUUAAAA